AUGUUUUCUGAACUUUCAGCAGUUGGCAAAAUCAUUCAGCAAGAUCUUGUUGAUGUUCAACAACAUCAUCACAAGCAUAAACUUCUAUUAGAAACCUUACGAAAACCAAUUCAUGACACAAAGAGUGAACAAGGAAAAUUGCAAUUCAACAGUUUACUGAGUGAGAAGAAUUUAUAUUUGAAAUUUAUGGAACGAUCCGAGAGAAUUGAUGAAAUUAAAAUCAUCAUCGGAACAUCGGAACAUGAUGAAAAAAGUAAAAUUAAUCAUCAUCACAUUCAUCAUCAUCAUCAUGAUGAGGAAAAUAAUGAUCAUCACUUCUUCCGAAUGGCAAAUAUUGAAAAAGUUUCAGUUUUGGAGGAUAAAAUUCCAAAAACAAGUGAUUAUGAACCGUUAUCUUGGGCUUGUUUUGGGAAAUGCAAAAAAUCAAGAAUUGACUUUUUGAGUAGGAUUACAAAUCAAGAGGUUUUUCAAGCUAUGAGAUUGGAACAGGAAUUUAUGGGUGAAAAUGUAUAUUUGAGAAAAUUGAGGAAAUUAAUUGAAAAUGAAAGUGAUUUUGGAGUUGAUGAUUCACAAGAGUUGGAACAGAGCAAGAAUUUGUUGCAUAUUUGUUACAAGUCACAUGUUCAUCAUGGCUUUUUAUUGGUUAUUGAUACAGUGGACGUUUCAGAAAAUUAUUUAUUGAAUGAAUUACCUUUGUGGGUGAAGGAUUUAAGAAGUGUCAUAUCAGAUUCCGUUCCAAUCGUUCUGAUUGGCAAUAAUGCUGAUAAGAGAGACGCCUUAUUAUCAACUCAACAUAAAUUGGAAGAUAGACUUCCUUUGAGUACAGAACAGGGAGAGAAACUAGCUGAAAAGUUGGGCUGUUUCACAUAUAUAGAAAUGGAAAAGGAAUUGUCAAUGGAUAGUUUGAGACAAUUACUUGUAAAAAUUCAUAUCAUUCAUCAAGAUUUGACAGUUCACAAAUAA